AAAAUUCAAUUAAAAGUCAUUUAAUUGAAUUGUCGAAACAGUUUUGCAUCACAUCAUUAGCUGAUCUUAAGACUAAAUUUCAGAUCGAUUUAAAGUUCAAAAUCAAAUCAACAACAAAACAAAAUGGCAUACAAUAGACCAAAUAGAAGUAGAGGUAGAUCUAGAGGUAGAGGUCAACGUGGAUCGUAUCGUCCUCGGCUACAGACAUCAAAUCAAUUCUGGGAACAGUCACAGAUUCCAUACCAAACCCAUCAUCUGCCUCCUGAACAACACGGGCCUCCCUUGUAUAUGGCAGAGGGUGUUCCCACAUUACUGGAGAUGCAACAGAGAGAUCAAAUGCUUGCAUUACAUGGUCCUCCAUUGUAUAUGCCAGAAGUAGGUUUUCCCCCAUUUCAGGGACAAGGUAUGCCCACAUUUCAAGGACAAGGUUUACCCCCAUUUCAGGGACAAGGUAUGCCCACAUUUCAGGGACAAGGUUUACCCUCAUUUCAGGGACAAGGUAUGCCCCCAUUUCAAGGACAAGGUAUGCCCACAUUUCAAGGACAAGGAAUGCCCCCAUUUCAGGGACAAGGUAUGCCCCCAUUUCAAGGACAAGGUAUGCCUCCAUUUCAGGGACAAGGUAUGCCCACAUUUCAUCAACCGGGUCCCAGUUUUGAUCCAAGUAGUUUCGGAUAUCAGACACCAAAUUAUCCACAACCGGGUGCUUUUACGUCUCAACCACCUGCAUUGGGUGGUUAUCCACAGGCAUCAGCUGGUUAUGGGUCUCAAGGAAUGGAUGUUUACGGACAGCAGCCACCAGUUAGUUCUGAAUCUCCAACAUUAGGUCCAAGAGAUGAAUCUGGACUUCUGAGACCUCUACCGGAUCCUACGGCACAAGACCAACGUCGUUACGGCUAUCAAAGGACUACUUAUAUGCUUCCAUCUAUACCUACUGAUCAACCUCCCUGGGUUCCUACAAUCGGACAACAAUAUAGCCCAUUUACUGUAGAAGAAGUACAACCGCCACCAAUGGAAUGGUCGGAACCACCAUUCCGUCAAUUUGCUCCAUUACCAGAAAGUGCAUCAAGAUAUAUACGAAGCCAAACACCAAGGCCACCUUCACCACCGGCACAAAGGCCACGUUCGCCGGUACCAAGGCCACGUCUACCGACACCGAGACCACGUAUGCCAUCAUCACCACAAAGAGGAGCUGAGUCGAGACGAUCUCCAUCACCCCGUCUACGCAUUCUAACGCGAGAAAAUCGAUCGCCGAUCACUGAUGUUAAGUCCAGAGGAGGACAACAACAACAACAACAACGACGGCAACAACCAGGACGUCGUCAUCGUCCAAUCAAUGAAGUUUGGCCGACUCCUAUCCGUCCGGUUAGAUCCAUUGCUCCAAUGCUAACCAUACCAGAAGAAUCAUCGGAUCCACAAAUCUAUAGAAAAGAUUUUCGUAUGUUUAUCGAUCAGGACUUGGAUACCAUACCCGAAGAAAGUGAUAGUCAGUAAAACUACGAGUUAGGUGAGAGUCAUAACCAAAAAACAAAAAAAGGUAACUAAAUGGUAGUCAACUA